ACUAUCGACUCUCCGUCACCCAUGUCUCCAGAGAUGGCCCCUCCUCUACCAGGCGGCGUUGGCGGAGCGGCAGGUAGUGGAGUCACGUCCGCUCAGACCUCUCCAAGAAGAACUGGUACUUCCAGCUUGGAGGAGGAGCAAUGGCUUCAUCCUGAUAACGAGGAGUAUCGUUUAACCAGGAGGAGGUCCUCGGCUGUGUCUGAAAGUGGUCGGAUAUUACCCACGCCUCCAGCCUCCCCACGUUGCACUUCAGUGUACCCUGGGCCCACGCCCACCCCAACGCCAGGCGUGGGCGGCGUGCCCCGGAUCACCCAGUCGCUGGAGGUAAACACGUCCCGGGACUUGGGCAUGGAGGACGAGUUGAAGAGACAGAGCUCGGUCACAGAGGGCGAAACCAUCCGGAUAGUCAUUCAUGAUGUGGAUAUCGAUCAUCGGAAGGCGAGUUCUCAGGAAAAAGGACGAAGGAGAGUCAAGAUACAGAGGGACAUGUCGGAUACAGCACACAGAAGUGAGUACUAUUACAGUACUAUUGCAGCAUGAUUACAGUACUAUUUAGUCAUAGAUCAGGUACUAUUACCGUACCUGAUCACUAACUGAACGCAUUUCGGUUUUUAUGCAAUAUACUUCAGCGUAACAUUGCGGUGGUUUAGGGAAAUUAUAAACAUAUCAAUAUAGACGCUUUGUGUGCCUAAUAAUUAUCAGGUCCUGUAAGUGGGUGGUGGCUUAGUUUCUGGUGCGUCUGAUUGUGUUACACCAUUGCAUUAGUUACGGAAAUCGAGACAACGGGCUCGAUGUGUUGAUUGAGCAUUGACAGCAUUGAUGUGCUGUGUGUUGAGGUACUGUGUAUUGAUAUAUUGUGUAUUGUUGUAUGGUAUAUUGAUGCACCAAAAUGUUGUUGUCGGUAGAGUUCAAAUUUCUUCUGUACUCUACCACUACAGAUCUUCACAACUGGUAACUAAGGUUUCCCGUUAAGGGAAAGCCAAAUCAGAACACUGAAAUCCACUUCAGAUGAAGAUAUAGGGGAAAUUAUUAAUUUAUAAUUUUCUUUUAAAUUUACUGUUGGUGAGAGCUCUAACAAGGUCGAAUUAGGGAUGCAGGCGUGAGAAUACGAAUAAGGAAGGGAAGAGAACAAUCAGUUAAAAUAAUGAAAAGAAAUGAUACGGAAAUAGUUUGCGAUAGAGUAGAGUAGGGAGAG